UGCUGAGUUAAAAUUGACAUAUUUGUUGUUUUCAUGUUGAUGUUGUUGUGUGAGGCAGGAUUUCUCUGCGAAGACGUAACGAUUUUUGAAUUUUCUUGCGUUGCAGGUGGUGGUGGAGUGUUUGCGUGCGUGUAUAUCCAGCCGGAAACGGAUGUGCGCGAACGAAGCGUGAUACUUGAGUGGUUUUUGGGUUUUGCUCGAGUGUGAGCGGUGCUGUUUUUGGUUAUACAAGAGUUUGUGUUAAGCUAGGGUUUGGGAAAGAAGUGGAGUUGUUGGUGGCUUGGAAGUCAUGAGGAAGAAGCUCGAUACUCGUUUUCCCGCGCUGGAGAUUUUCAUGCUGCGAGGAGCAGUUAAAGCGUAUGGAUGUUUGAAGUGGAUUUGAUUUCCUCGGAUUAAGAAGAUUAUGCAAGCUGAUGAGGAUGUGGGGAAGAUUGCAAUGGCUGUACCCCUUUUAGUUUCAAAAGCUCUGGAACUAUUUCUGCAAGAUCUAUGUGACCGAACUUAUGAAAUCACUGUUAGAAAGGGAGCAAAAACUGUUAAUUCUUUUCAUUUAAAAGAAUGUGUGCAUAGCUUUAGUGAAUUUGAUUUUCUAAAGGACAUAGUUAGCAGCGUUCCAGAUUUGGUUGCUUCUGAUGCAGCUUCUGAGGAUACAUCUACUACAAAACGAAGGAAGAUUUCAGAAGAUGAAUUCAACAAUGAUAAGGAGUUUACAAGGAUAAGCAUGUGCUCUCAUUCAUUGCAUCAGGAGGCUGGACAGACCACCAGCAGUGGGGGAGGCAAGGUUAAGGGUAGAGGCAGGGGCAGGGGCAGAGGUCGUGGCAGGGGUAGUCGAAUGCUACAAAGAGAAUCAUCUGCAAAAUUUGAAGAUGAUCCUGAUCUGUCUGACCAGCAAAAUGAGAAUCAAAGUGAAUAUUUAGAGGGAUCAAAUAAUGAUAGAUGUGCUUCAGAUUCAGUAAGUACAGAAGUAAAGGAAGCAGAUAGACCGGUAAUGAAUUUUGACCUCAAUGUUGACUUAAAUGAGAGUGGGUAUUCCACUCCAAAGUUAGGUGAAAACCCCUCGGCUGUUUCCAAGAUGCCAUCGCCCGACACAAAACAUGUACAUGUUCCUGGAUGGUCUGUUGAUGAGGCAGCAAUGAUGGCCGUAACUCCUAUUCAACUGGCUAACUUAAACAGUGCAAUGGAUGAGGAAGUGGAAGAUUAUGAUGCAGAAGGAUGAAUACGAUAAUCCGAAUCUCUUUUCACCAUUACAUCAGACAGUUGACUUUGCUAUCAUCCCAUUUUGUACAAAUUUCAUGUGUACAAGUUUGCUAGGAGAUCCUAGGACAUAACUAAUUGGGGUAGAUAGUUAGACAGACUGUAGCUAGGCAGAAUUUAAGAUCUUUUUAUUUUAAUUAGGUUUCUGUAUAAAUUGUGUGAUCUUUUCGAAAUUCUAAAUUUCCUUUGUUUUAAUUUCCAUUUCAGUUUAGCCUGCACUUUCUUCUUCAACAUUCUUGUAAUUUAAUUCUUUGCUUGAGCGGAUGCAAAUUAGUCUUUGUAAACCUUAAGCAGGUAUUGUUUUUUCUUUGUCUAGCAUCCUCCAUCUUCUCACAAGUACAAAGGUAAAUUAUGAAAUGUAAUUUUGCAUAUUUUGCUUUCAGAUUGUUUUUUUGUGCUGAACUUGCUUGCUUUCUUAUAUUCCGAUGGAAUGAUUCAGGUUAUGAUGAUAGACUUGGAGCCGGUGUGACCAUUGUUACAUUUCACUACCAACCGGGCUUUUGCCUGUCGCAACUGUGGGGUUUGUUAAUCCAGCUUGUAGUUGAGCAUUGGCCACAGUAGCCAGCACCAGGUUUGUUUCAAUGUGCCGAUCUAAUCUGACAUUGUUUUUGUACUUAUGAACCUAAUUUAGCUGUUGGGUAUAACUUCAUUGCUUACUCCCAAGGGCGUUGAUAUCAGUGUGGGCGCAGAUUUUCAGGACUUGGCGGAAGUCAAACAUAGAUGUCAUGCCGUGAGGUAGUUUGAUCUACACGUGGAGCAAAGCAACCUGAAUGGGAGAAGUAAGGAGUAUUAUUUGUCACCAUUUGCAUUUAUUUACUUGAACUAUUUCAUCAAAAGUAUUUUACAGCCUGCGAUUACCAUUAGGUGUGCGCCGAAGCAUUUCAUUGCUAAUUUCUCCCUCCGUUAUUAUUUCAUAGCCUGAUAUUUUAGUAUUUUACAGCACAAUCUUGGAUCAAUAGUUUCUGCAAGAUUGAAUACCGGAAAUUUUUGAAAGAAAUUUAUCCACUGUGAUCUUAUCAGUAUGCCUAGAAUACAUUUUAUUUACUUAUUAAAUUCUGGUAGGUAUUCUAUCAUACCUGAAACUCUCACAAAACUAUACAGAGAACAUCAAAGAAAAGGCUUUUCUCUUUUGUAUUUCUUCACUGCACAAUGAGCAAGAUCCCGUGUACUUUGGCAUCAUUAAUCUGCAGAGUACUUGCCUGGUUACUUCACAACAUUUAUGCCGCCCGAGCAUCGAGCAAAUGGCCAUCCUGGAUUGAACAAGGCUGACCUUUUGAGCUUUAGAACUCCCUUUGCAGCUCCCUUCCAUGGCGCCUGCACGUCUUCAUAAUUGAUGCUCGCUUGGAAUGUAUUGUUGCUUAAAUCAGGCCGUUAUUUCUUGCCACCGAUCUUCCGGUAAUGGCAUUAUGUUGUAGUGAUUUGGGGCUCCUGCUCCUUUUCUUGCCUCAGUUUUGUUUGAAUGUGGUUUAAAACAGGUUUGAUGUUUUAUUAAUAGUGAAAUUUUGAAUCUAAGUUGGUUUUGAUAUUGUAUUAAAUUGAAAAA